AUGAAAGAGCAGGUAUUAUUCAUAUUCAUACUGACAAUAGCUGUGGUCACGAAGGCAUAUUCGAGUAGUGAUGAUAAUGAUGAAAAUGCACUUGUCUUAGAGCAUUUGAUUCGAUCUUUAUUUCGCUAUCAUGAAUCAUCAAAACAUCCUCCAUUAAAACAACGAGGAGAGUCGACAUUCAAUGAGGCUCAACGACAAUUUCAAAAUGAAUCAUUACUGUCACACAAUGUUCUUCGCGCUCAGCAUUGUUCACCACCACUGGUUUUAGAUGAUGAAAUCAAUACAAGGGCUCAAAUAUAUGCCGAUAUUUUAGCAUAUAAUGACACCGGAUUGAUUCAUAGUAACAAUCGACUCGGUCUAUUUGGAGAAAAUCUUUAUUCAGUGCAACGCUCACGUCCCAUAGUCAAUAUCGACGGCUUCGGCGAUAAGGUGACACGUACUUGGUAUUCUGAAAUUCUUCGAUACGAUUAUACCAAACCAGGCUAUGCAAGAAAUAUCGGGCAUUUCUCUCAAGUCGUUUGGAAAAACUCCGAGAGACUUGGCGUAGGAUAUGCGUUCUCAAAACAAGGGCGUAAAAUGUAUGUGGUGGCACAAUAUGGGCCACCUGGUAAUUACGAUUUCGCAUUUGGUUCCAAUGUUGUAGACCCAACAACCUGUUCAUGGGAACAAGAAAACAAAAGAUAA